AGAAGAUGAUGUGAGAGAGGGAAGGUGUUGGGUACAAAUCCAUACCUAGAUCUCUCGCGAUUGUGGCUAAUCGGUAAGCGUCUGCGAUCAAUUCUCGGGUGGGAACGAAGACAAGCAAAGGCGUUUUGGAAUUUCUCGUGUUGCUGUUGUUGUUCUUGUUUUCCGAUCUCGAUCGGGUUUUUGAUUGCUUGUAGGAGCUUAGGAUUUGCCGGAUGCUGGUUUCCCCGUCUCCAUCGCCGUCUACUUCGUCUUGAUCGCCGCAAUUAUGGGUGAGAUUGAGAGUCUCGUGAAGGAGAAGAGAGCGAGCAAGCUUUAAUGGAAGCAUUUCUGAUUUCUGAUCUUAGUUCGCGUCGUCUUCGUUGGCUGGAUUUAAGCGCCGACCCUGUGUUCACUGUAGAGCUUCGAUUCUACUCUCAUGGCGGCUUCUGCUACAAUAGUUCCUAUGGCACAUGAAAGAAAAGUUGAGAAUCUGAGAGCCUUUAUGGUGAAUUUGGCGAACUCGAGAGGCUUAUUACUUCCUGAGACUAAUCUCUUCGAGCAGAAGUUCUUGGACCUGUGUUUAUCCCGUGCUCCUGAUCAUCCCACUUAUUCUGCUAUGAUUUUUGUUGCUAUCACGGAGUUGAAUAAAGAAGGUGGCUCUCGCGAAGAAGCCAUAUCAGAGUUCAUUAAGUCCAAGUACAGGAACUUGCCAUUUGCUCACACGAGUUUGCUCAGUCAUCAUCUAGCUAAGCUAGUGGAGAAAAGAGAGAUACUUUGUGAUUACAACAACAACCACUGUUACACUCUCCCGGGAGAGAAGAAGAAGAAGAGCGAUGCCUCCACUGAUGCUGAAAGAAGGAGCACUGUGAUAACAGUGAGAACGAAUGAUCAGUGUGCGGCGAAUGAGGUUGUGACUCGCCAAAAUGAGGAAGAGAGUGUUAGAAUUUUGUAUUUGGAGAAUCAUAAGGUAGAUUUGUUGGAAGAACGGACUUUGACUGAAUCGGAAACCAUACCCAAACAUAAAGCAUGUGGUAGCAUUAACGUCAUUGAAGCAAGGCACACAGAAGAUAAUGGAGUCAAAGCAUAUUUGAGGGAUUCAACUGUUGAAACUCUUAGGAAAGAGGGAGUUGAUAAAGGACCAGAAGUGGCUCUAGAAAAUAGUGAGACUGAAGGUAGGAUUGAAGCAAACAGUGAAGGAGGUGAAUUAUAUGAGGUGGUUGUUCAAGAUGAGCAAAAUGAUGUGGUGAUGGAAGAGUCAGGUAAAGGAGAAGAAAAGCUAAUAGACAAAAUUUCAAAAGAGAGUAAAGCGAAGUUGGGCAGAACAUAUAAUACGAUGAAAGAAGCAUGUGUGGAAGUGAAGAGUGAAGCAUAUAAAACACUUUUCGAAUGCCAAACCGAAGCAUGCAGCGAUAUCAUUGCUCUCGAGGAAAUGCUAAAGCAGUGCAGAGAGAAAGACCAGCAGAACAAUGCUGUUUCAGAAAGUGAUGAUGUUUCUCGUUUGCCUCUGUCAAUGGAGAGCUGCAAAGAACUGUGGAAGGUUGCCCACAAGAUACAAAGCCAGCUUUCUGAGAUCAUCGAUUCCUUUGAUGAAGCCGUGGUUCCAUAUUAUGAAUCUCGAGGAUGUGAAAUCGGAGGUAUAAGCAAAGAAGUCUUGAAAGAGGGUCCCAAGAAGAAAACGCCUUGUGGGAAUAAUGGAUCUGCAAUAGCCUCCAAACAGCUUGAACAGAAGGAAAGAGAGAUUGAUUCUCAAAAGAAACCACCACGGGUCAAGAAAACGCGAGUCAAAAGACUUCGAGACAUAGGAACAACAGUAUUGAGGAAAUCACCUCGCGUACAUAAACCAAUAUAAAGAUUCUGAAACUUUAUUAAAAAUAAAAGAUAAAGCUUUGG